AUUCAGGAUGAUGAUGUGGAGUGCACCAUGGUGGAGAAGAGGGUCCUGGCCCUGUCCGAAACUCCCUUCCUCACACAGCUCCACUCCUGCUUCCAGACCAUGGACAGGUUAUAUUUUGUGAUGGAGUAUAUCAACGGAGGAGACCUCAUGUAUCAGAUCCAGCAUGUCGGCAAGUUCAAGGAACCUCAUGCUGUGUUCUAUGCAGCAGAGAUUGCCAUAGGUCUGUUCUUCCUUCAUCUGAAAGGAAUCAUUUACAGAGAUCUGAAGCUGGACAACGUCAUGCUGGAUGCAGAAGGCCACAUUAAGAUCGCUGACUUUGGGAUGUGCAAAGAGAACAUGUUAGACGGUGUCACCACCAAGACCUUCUGUGGGACCCCAGACUACAUCGCUCCUGAGAUCAUUGCGUACCAGCCCUAUGGGAAGUCAGUGGACUGGUGGGCCUUUGGAGUUCUGCUGUAUGAGAUGCUGGCUGGACAGCCUCCCUUUGACGGUGAGGACGAGGAUGAGUUGUUCCAGUCCAUCAUGGAGCAUCACGUCUCCUACCCCAAGUCUAUGUCCAAGGAGGCUGUUGCCAUCUGCAAAGGGUUGAUGACCAAGCACCCUGGGAAGCGUCUCGGCUGUGGUCCGGAGGGGGAGCGAGACAUCAGGGACCACGGGUUCUUCCGCUAUAUGGACUGGGACAAAUUGGAGAACAAGGAAGUACAACCGCCAUUCAAACCCAAAGCUAAGAGUAACAAGGACACGUGUAACUUUGAUAAAGAAUUCACUAAGAUGCCGGUGGAUCUGACUCCUACAGAUAAACUGUUUAUAAUGAACCUGGACCAAGACGAGUUUCUGGGAUUCUCCUACACCAACCCUGAAUACCCCUCUGAUGAGGUGACUGGGGAGGAAGAGAAGGAGGAGGAAGGACAGAGCUAAGACACACACACACACCAACCCUGAAUACCCCUCUGAUGGGGUGACCGGGGAGGAAGAGGAGGAGGAGGAAGGACAGAGCUAAGACACACACACACACACCAACCCUGAAUACCCCUUUGAUGAGGUGACCGGGGAGGAAGAGGAGGAGGAGGAGGAAGGACAGAGCUAAGACACACACACACACCAACCCUGAAUUCCUCUCUGAUGAGGUGACUGGGGAGGAAGAGGAGGAAGGACAGACCUAAGACACACACACACCUGAACACACACACACACAAUCACACAUACAGUAACAGACACACAC